AUGAAAUUGGAUAUGAAACCUCAUGCACUGCUCAGUUUAGACAACAGUGUUGAGGUGCCUUUGUGUAGAGACCAUGUUCCUUAUGAUUCUUUUCCUGGGUGUUGGGAUGAUUUAAAGGUAGUUAGUAGAGAUGAUGAAAACUCUUCCAGUUGCACUCAACCUAGCAAUGUAACUUCAAGGGGCUUCAAGUCUCCACCACAUAUUGGAGAACGGAAGAUAAGGAAGUUGUUGGCUUCCAAAUAUUGGAAAAUGGCUCCAAAGCUGAAAGAUGAGGAUAUUUCAAACAGUGAUGGGGAAAUGAAGCCUCUUCACCUUAAGAGGAAAAACUCUUAUACACGUCAAAGAUCACAGAGGAAUUCUCUAUUUAAGAAGAGAGAGCUAUUUGAUGAAAGCUCCAUAUUAACAUUUGAUGGUGGGAUGAGUAAUGAAGGCAUUUCUAACUCACACAUUAUCAGACUGGCUGGGUAG